AUGUCAACUCCCAACGAAAAUAGCAACACUCAAUUUCAACCUCCCUCAUCUCAAGCAUCUGUUGAGGGUGGAAGUGGGCUUCCAGAGAAUGUGAUUAAUGUUGAACAAGAUGGUGCAGAGGAUGAUGAUGAAGUAGAAGUAGAAGAAAAUGGGAGAAAAAGAAAAUUGAAAUCUGCAGUGUGGAGUGAAUUCAAGAGGGUAAAAGUUGGAGAUGUUUGGAAGGCAAAGUGUAAUUAUUGUUCAAAGAAGCUUUCGGGUGUAACAAAGAAUGGUACAUCUCAUUUGAAAGCCCAUCUAGAGACAUGCAUCUAUCGAAAGAGGAAUCCUACAGAUAAGGUACAAAGCUCUUUGAGGUUCACAUCUAGUAGCGAACAAGGACAAGUGUCGGUGGAGAAGUAUGUUUUCGACCAAGAUGUGGCGAGAAAGGCCCUUGCUGAAAUGGUUGUUUUGCAUGAAUAUCCAUUGUCCAUUGUGGAUCAUGUUGGUUUUAGAAGGUACUCAAGUGCUCUUCAACCGAUGUUUAAGAUGAUCACUAGAAACACUUUGAAGAAUGACAUCAUUGGGAUUUAUGAGAUUGAGAAGAAGAAGGCCUUGAGCUUUAUGCAGAAGAAUAAUGCAAGAAUUGCAAUAACGACCGAUAUGUGGACAGCUGAGAAUCAAAAGAAAGGCUAUAUGACUGUUACUGGACAUUUUAUUGACCAAGGAUGGCAGCUUCGAAGUUGUAUUUUGAGGUUCAUUUAUGUUCCAUCUCCACAUACUGCUGAAGCACUUAGUGAUGUUCUUAUGAAAUGUCUAAUGGAUUGGCACAUUGAUAAGAACAUAUCUACCUUAACCCUUGAUAAUUGUUCCACUAAUGAUGCACUCAUCACAUUGAUGAAUCGAAAGUUGAGAGGAAAGAAACCUUUGUUGGGUGGCAAGCUGUUGCAUAUGCGUUGCUCCGCGCACAUAUUAAAUUUAAUUGUCAAAGAUGGUUUGGAAGUAAUGGGUAGUGGGAUUGAAAAGAUUAGAAAUAGUGUUGCAUUUUGGUAUGCUACUCCUAAAAGACAUGAGAGAUUCCAAGAAAUAGCUGCACAAGUUAAUGUUGAAUGCAACAAGAAAUUGUCGCUUGAUUGCAAAACAAGGUGGAACUCUACUUAUAUCAUGCUCAGUGUUGCUAUUUGUUACAAAGAGGCUUUUGAUCGUUUGGCUGAAUGUGAAAGAGCUUAUGAUUUUUCUCCAAGUGAGGAUGAAUGGAAGUUUGCUAGUGAAGUUUGCGAUAGGUUGAAAUUGUUCUAUGAAAUUACCGAAUUGUUUUCUGGAACACAAUAUGUAACAGCUAAUGACUUCUUUCCAAAGAUAUGUGCAAUUAGAGGACACAUGAGCAAGUGGCUAGAGUGUGAUGAUGAGUUAAUCAAGUCCAUGUCAAGUCGUAUGAUUACAAAAUUUGAUAAAUAUUGGACUGACAUUCAUGGUCUAAUGGCUAUUGCUGUUGUUCUUGAUCCAAGAUACAAAUUUGGAAUGUUGAAAGCAUGCUAUACACGUCUAUUUGGUGCACAAAGUAGAGCAAUGCUAGAGAUAGAAAAUGUGAGGAAAUUAUUUGAAGAACUGAUUAGAGAGUACAACAACAAAUGCAUUAAACCUGUUACUAGUGGUGGACAAAAUGCAUCAUCAUCUUGUGUUUCUAAUGCUUCCACAUAUACGGAUGAGUUGUUCUCUGCCAUGGAGGAAGAGCUCGAUGACAUGUGCAGUGAUGAAGAAAAGGCUAAGUCUGAGCUUGAUCUUUAUGUGGAUGAAGGUCGUAUUCCCAAGUCAAAGGAAUUUGAUAUAUUAGGCUAUUGGAAAAUUUCUGGGAUACGGUACCCUACUCUAAGGAUGAUAGCCCGUGACAUAUUUGCUAUUCCUGUUACAACUGUCGCUUCAGAGUCUGCUUUUAGUACUAGUGGUAGAGUGCUAAGUGAUCAUCGAAGUCGACUUACUCCCAAAACUUUAGAGGUUUUGAUGUGUGCACAAAAUUGGCUUCGUGUUGGUCAAGCAAAAGGAAAAGAAGAUUAUAUGGGUUUGUGGACUUGUCUUGAAGAUAUACAAGAAGAACUUGUGGAACUCUCCUUUGGAUUCUCCACGAUGCCAAAUGAAGAAAUUUGAAGGAAAAUUCACAAGAUGUCAAAUGAAGUUGAAUGUCAUUCAGCCAUGCUCAUUACAAUAAUUUGUUGUUGCAUUUUGAAAACUAUGUAUGACUGUAAUUUCAUUCCAAGAACAUGUUUUAUGAUGUAUUGUACUGUCUUUGCUACUUCUACUACUUGCUAUGGACUAUGUCACUAUUGGUGAAAUAUUGUUGUAAGCCUGGAAUGUUAUCUAUUUAUCUUGUUGGAAUGUUGAAAUUAUUGUUUUGGAAUGUUGAAA